AUGGAAUCCUUGAAUUUCCACAACAUCAAAGUGGAGAAAGUAAACGCUGUACUAAGGUACAAAAAGUGUGAAAGAGUGACAACUUUGUUCCGAUUCAUCGAAUUAUGCAUAUUUAUCGUAAUAAUCUCAAGAUCGUCCACUCAAUUGCCAUUUACUUUCAAGCUCUCGAUCGAGUAUUUCAAGGGUCUUGGUGUCACCCUUAUUAGUCCUAGAUUCGUCUUUGUUCUUGGAAACGUGAUUGUUAUCAUCCUCUUCUUGAAAUCAAGACAGUCGUCUGCUAAAGAUGGUUCCACGAACAACGUUAAAAUCGACUUGUACGAUGAGUACAAGCAUAAAUGUUCGAUGAACAAAGGGUCUUACUGUGAACAGAACAAGAAACAGAGGAAACAGAUUAUUCUUGUAGAACAACCUUAUUGUGAACAGAUCAGGAGGUCGAGGAAACAGAGCAUUCUGGUACGGAGACAAUUAGUAGAAAAGAAACUUCAUUGUAGCCAUUCAGACAGCUUUACUACUAAUAUGCCCAAGACCCAUGAUGAGAAGCCUAGAAAAGAAUUGAUCCGGUCAGCUACAAUAGGAUACAGGAAACUUAUAGUCACUGACAGUGUAAAAUCGGCCGAAGGUGAAAUGAGCAAUGAAGAAUUCAGGAGAACUGUUGAGGAUUUCAUUGCUAGACAACAAAGAUUUUUGAGGGAAGAAGAGUUUUCAGCUGUUGUAUCAACACAAACAGAGACAUCUUAG